AAACUGAUACCGGUAAAGCACCUAGAAAACCGCAACCUCUGAAGGCAGACGCUUUGCGGAUGGGUUCAACAUUUAACAGCAACAAGAUGCCAGUGUGGAGGAAGCAAGGCGCCGACACAAUACAAACACGAAGACCGAGCCACCCCCUCACUUCCGGAGUGUAACGGCGCAGCGGAUAUACAUCAGCGUGGGGAGGCGGGACUUCCGCCCCGCGUGACGCAUUAAACGGAAGCCGGGCGGCUCCAUUUCGUGUGAGUUUACGGCCCCUCUAGAGGAGACAGGGGUUGCCUGAGGGACGUCUUUUGGUUGUUUAUCUCGCCUGAGCUGUCCCCUCACCCUGGUCAUCUGUUAGGAGUGCAGAAGUUUGGGCCAAAGCGCUGGGCGAGACGAGGACCUGCUCCUCUGUGCCUCCGACUUUCUCUGGGCCCGUCUUUCUAACGCGAGGCCGUGUCAGGUUCUGGGAAGUGCGGUUUUCGCCGGGGCCGGUUUUCCCUGGAAAGCUGUGCGCUCCUGGUUGUUUUCCGUCUUCUCCGGGUGGGAGCUUGGGGAGCUCUUCUCGGGGUCCGGGGCGUUGGUGCAGCCUCUUGUGGAAGACUUGGAGUGAAAGGUCUCCCGCGAUCCCGCCCGUGAGACGCGCUCCGAGGGCACACCUCGUUCAUGGGAGUCCAGGGGCUCUGGAAGCUGCUGGAGUGCUCCGGGCGGCAGGUCAACCCGGAGACGCUGGAGGGGAAGGUCCUUGCCGUGGAUAUUAGCAUUUGGUUAAACCAAGCACUUAAAGGAGUUCGGGAUCGCCAUGGGAACUCAAUAGAAAAUGCUCAUCUUCUUACUUUGUUCCAUCGGCUCUGCAAACUUUUAUUUUUUCGAAUUCGCCCUAUUUUUGUGUUUGAUGGGGAUGCUCCACUAUUGAAGAAACAGACUCUGGCUAAAAGAAGGCAGAGAAAGGACUUGGCAACCAAUGACUCCAGAAAAACUACCGAGAAGCUUUUGAAAACAUUUUUGAAAAGACAAGUUAUCAAAACUGCCUUAAAAAGCAAAAGGGAGGAAGCACUUCCCAGUCUUACUCAAGUUCAAAGAGAAGAUGACAUCUAUGUUUUGCCACCUUUACAAGAGGCAGAGAAAGAUAGUUCAGAAGAGGAGGAUGAAAAAGCAUGGCAAGAGAGAAUGAAUCAAAAACAAGCACUACAGGAGGAGUUCUUUCAGAAUCCUCAUGCAGUAGAUAUUGAGUCUGAAGACUUUAGCAGCCUGCCCCCUGAAAUAAAGCAUGAAAUCUUGACUGAUAUGAAAGAAUUUACCAAGCGAAGAAGAACAUUAUUUGAAACAAUGCCAGAGGAGUCCAAUGACUUUUCACAGUACCAGCUCAAAGGCUUGCUUAAAAAAAACUAUCUAAACCAACACAUAGAAAGUGUCCAAAAGGAAAUGAAUCAACAACAUUCAGGACAAAUCCAAAGGCAAUAUGAAGAUGAAGGAGGCUUUUUGAAGGAGGUAGAGUCAAGGAGGGUGGUCUCUGAAGAUACUUCACAUUACAUCUUGAUUAAAGGUAUUCAAGCUAAGAAAGUUGCAGAAGUGGAUUCAGAGUCUCUUCCUUCAUGCAGUGAAAUGCACAGCAGGUCUUCUGACAUGAAGUCAUCUCCGUGUGAAAAGCUGGAGCCAAAGGAAGAGCCUGACGCCUCCCCUCCUUCCCCGAGAACCUUACUGGCCCUGCAGGCGGCCCUGCUGGGCGGCAGCUCAGAAGAUGAGCUGGAGAGUGAGACCUGCAGGCUGUGCCAUGUGACGCACGCGCCCGCUACCGCACGUGCAGGUUCUGUGUCGCCGCUGACUCUCUUGGCCAUGCAGAGAGCUCUCGAUGACGAUGAUGAAGACGUGAAAGUGCGUGCCAGUGACGUGCAGACAGGAGGGGCAGGCGCGAGAAAACCGAAACCGCUCCAGAGCAGUUCUGACGAGGAGACUGAGGAAGGACCUAAAAUGAGAGAUGGUGAAGGAGUGCCGUUGGCAGCAGCGUCUCACGCAGCCAGUAUGAACCUCGCAGAGGAGCCUGUAACCAGCGCUGAUGCCGACGAAGAGCGGACAGAAUCGGCUCACUUACCGAGGACUGUCUUUUGUCAAGGCAGCGACUCUGGCGUUCCAAAAGAGCAGAUGUCGUUUAUUCCUCCGGUGAAGGAAGCCUUUCAGACAAACGAUGAGACUGCACUUAAGGAUGGAAAAGAUCCAGUUCCUUUGGAAAACAUUGUGGUGCUACCCAGGGAUGCACCUGGGCUCCAGAGAGGACCAGAGUGGACACCAACACCUCCGACAAGUCCGAGUUCCGUAUCAAGGAGUGGAACCAAAGUGCUUGAGCUACAGCAAGAUCUUCUUCCACCAGAGAGUAAAUAUGACACCUCUGUCCUUUCAAGUCAUGAUGCAACAGAAUCUGAAAAAAACCCUGCUCCUGAAGGCCCCGUCAGUUUGCAAGAAUCGAGUGAUACGCUAAGUGUCCCUUUAGAGACAAUAAGUGACUUAGGAAAUGUGGCAUCUGUUAAUGCCAAAGAGCAUGAGAAUUUCUUGAAAACCGUCCAAGAACAUGAGACCAUUGAAUCUGCAGGCCAGGGUUUAAUUUCAGUUCCAGCGUCCAUGGAACCAAAGGAAACAGGCUCUGAAGAAAGUGAAUCUGAUGGAAGUUUCAUUGAAGUGCAGAGUAUAAAUAGCAGCGAUGAACUUCAAGCUGAGUUACACGAAGCUUCCAGACCUCCCUCUGAACAAGGUGAAGAGGAACCAGUAGGAACUGAGACGCAAGAAGCCACAGGUGACCCCCAGGGCCUCCCGAGAGACAACUCUGAGAGGGAGGCGGUGGGCACUGAGCCACCUGAAGAAACUGAAAAAGAUGCAGAUGAUUUGCUCAACGAAUGGCAAGAUGUUGACCUGGAGGAGCUGGAGACGCUGGAGAGCAACCUUUUAACACAGCAGGAGUCACUGAAAGCUCAAAAACAGCAGCAAGAACGGGUCGCGGCUACUGUGACAGGACAGAUGUUCCUGGAAAGCCAGGAACUUCUUCGCCUGUUCGGCAUCCCCUACGUCGAGGCUCCCAUGGAAGCAGAAGCUCAGUGCGCCAUCCUGGAUCUGACUGAUCAAACUUCUGGAACGAUCACUGAUGACAGUGACAUUUGGCUGUUCGGAGCACGGCACGUCUAUAAAAACUUUUUUAAUAAAAACAAGUUUGUAGAAUAUUACCAGUAUGUGGACUUUCACAACCAAUUAGGAUUGGACCGGAACAAAUUAAUAAAUUUGGCCUAUUUGCUUGGAAGUGAUUAUACGGAAGGAAUACCAACUGUAGGUUGUGUUACAGCCAUGGAAAUUCUCAAUGAAUUCCCUGGACAUGGCCUGGAACCUCUCCUAAGAUUCUCCGAGUGGUGGCAUGGAGCUCAAAAGAAUAAGAAGAUAAGACCUAAUCCUUAUGACACCAAAGUGAAAAAAAAGUUACGCAAGUUGCAGCUCACACCUGGCUUCCCUAACCCGGCCGUGGCAGACGCUUACCUCAAGCCUGUGGUGGAUGAGUCCAAGGGGUCGUUUCUGUGGGGCAAACCUGAUCUCGAGAAGAUUAGAGAAUUUUGUCAGCGGUAUUUUGGCUGGAACAGGAUGAAGACAGAUGACUUUCUGUUUCCUGUAUUAAAGCAACUGAAUGUCCAGCAGACGCAGCUCCGAAUUGAUUCUUUCUUUAGAUUAGCUCAACAGGAGAAACAGGAGGCUAAGGGUAUUAAGAGCCAGAGACUUAACAGAGCUGUGACAUGUAUGCUGAGAAAAGAAAGAGAAGAAGCAGCCAGUGAAAUAGAAGCAGUUUCUGUUGCCAUGGAGAAAGACUCUGAGUUCCUCGAUAAGGCAGAAGGAAAAACCCAGAAGAGAGGCACAACAAGUAGAUGGAAAGAGUCAUCCAGCCCGAAAAGAAAGAGGCUUUCGGAUUCUAAACAGGGGCAUGAAUGUGGUGGGUUUUUGGGGGAGGCCUACCUCUCGCAGUCAUCUGAUGCCUCUUCAAGUGAGGAUGAGGAAUAUUUCCCUGUAGCGAACAUGCAAAGGGGAAAAGCAGCUGUAGAGUCAAAAGUCAGCUCUUCAGAUGCACAGAGCACAGUGCAGCCUCCUCCCAGGAGAGACGGAGGUGCCACCACAGGCAGCUCCAGCGAUGAUGACGGAGAGAAGGCAGAGCCCGUCCUGGUGACCGCCAGGUCUGUGUUUGGGAAGAAAAAGGGGAAACGGAGAAGUACGAGAGGAAGGAAGAGGAAAAUCUAAAGACACCUAAAUACACAUGUAUUCUCUCUAACUGGGUACAGCUUAACAUUUCGUCAUGAAUUUGUCGUGAGGAAAUAAUAAAAUUCACAGUAUUUGCACAGUC